GUCAGUCAUGGGUCGCCCUGCGAGUCAGAUGUGGACAUGGAUCCUUUGUGUCCUUUGGUGUGGGAUAUCUGUUGCUCAACCAGCUACAGUACCACAUUACAUGGUGACCAUACCUGCAGUUCUUGAGGCUGGAGCUGAGACUAAAUUCUGUGUGAACCUCUUGGAGCCCAAUGAAAUGUUGGCUAUGACUGUCACUUUGAGGUCCCAAGACAAGAACACAACUCUGUAUGAGAAGACCUCCAGCACAGAGUUUCAUGACUGCAUUCAGUUUCAGGUUCCUUUAGUAACAAAUGAAGAGGUGCAGACAUUUGAGGUGGAGGUACGAGGAAACACAUUUCACUCAAAAGAAGCCAGAAAAGUCAUGAUCAAAGCCUAUCAACCAAAAACUUUUAUCCAAACGGAUAAACCCAUCUACCUCCCUGGACAGACGGUGCAUUUCAGAGUUGUCACACUGGACUCCAAGUUAAGACUUGCCAAUGAGCUGUAUAACAUCAUCAAGCUGGAGGAUCCCUUUGACAACAGGAUUGGACAGUGGCUCAAUGAAACGUCCAAUAGCAAAAUACUACAGCUUUCUUAUUCCCUGAACUCUGAGGCUCGUGAAGGAACUUACAAAAUCGUUGUCUCAGUAGGUGAAAGAAAAACACAUCACAGCUUCAAGGUGGAAAAGUAUGUUUUGCCCAAAUUUGCCACAACGAUAAAUGUUAGAGAUGAAGUAAGUAUUGGAUCAGAAGAAUUUGAUGCUGAAGUAUGUGCAAAGUACACAUACGGACAGCCAGUGCCAGGAAGUAUUACGGUUAAAGUGUGCCGACCUUUUAGGUACCAUUAUUUGGGUAUGCAAUCAAGACACCCAGAAGAAUUUGAAGCAACUCCACUAUGCGACACAAAAACAAAGGAGACAGAUAAAACAGGGUGUGCUACAUUUGAAUUCAAGAUGUCUGCUUUCACCAAAAUUGACCAAAAGAUAUUGCAUGAUCAACUGGAGGUGGGUGCCACAGUGGACGGCCCGGAGACCAUCCAGAAUGAGGCCAGAGUUCAGGUGGACGAGCUAGAAAUUGUCCAGAGCGAGGUCGGAGUUCAGGCGGAGGCCACAGGGGAGGCUGCGGCAACAGAUGAGGAAACUGUACAGGAGGCAGAGAUGAUUGGUGUGAUGGCAGAAGACAAAGCAAUGAUGAUGGGAGUUGUGGCAGGAGUCGGAUCAGUGAUGAUGGGUGUGACGGCUAAAGUGGAACCAAUUAUGAUAGGGGUGUCUACAGAGGCAGACGGCGAUGAUCAAGAGGUGGAGACUGCAGUAGAUGGUGAGAGUUCUACAGCUGAACCCUCUGAAGACUCAGGGACCUCUGAAGACUCAGUGACCUCUGAAGACUUGGAGACCUCUGAAGACUCAGGGACCUUUGAAGACUCGGGGACCUCUGAAGACUCUGGGACUACUGGAGACUCAGGGACCACUGGAGACUUAGGGACCACUAGAGACUUAGGAACCCCUGGAAAUUCGGGAACCACUGGAGACUCUGGAACCAAUGAAGACUCUGGAACCACUGGCAACUCGGAAACCACUG